CCUUUUGAAUGCUGGUCGAAAUUGCAAAAAAGUGAAUAUCAUUUACCCUUGGAUGGAGUACGAUAGACCAGUGGAAGUUUUCUGUGAUAUGGCUACAGAUGGCGGUGGUUGGACGAUAAUACAGAGAAGACUAGACGGUUCUUUAAGUUUUAACAAACAAUGGACAGAAUAUAAACAAGGGUUUGGGACUGCCGAAAGUGAGUAUUGGUUAGGCAAUGAUUAUAUACAUCAACUUACGAAUUCUACACCAUCUUUGUACGUUGCCCUAACUUUGACCAAUGGGGCAUCACUCUAUGUACAUUACCCACAAUUCUCCAUCUCCGAUGAAACGGAUGGCUACCGACUCUACUUAAAUGGAGCAACUUCAGGAACUCUCGACGAUAGCAUGAGAGUUAGUGGAGCCUCAGAUUUAAAUGGUUGGAUAUUUUCUACCCCAGACAUGGAUCAUGAUGCAUGGCAAAACGGAAGUUGUUCCUCACACUUUAAAGGCGGAUGGUGGUUUAAUUGGUGCUCACACACCUUUCUGAACGGUGAAUGGGGACUAGCUUCCUGGGAACGUCCAUGGCUUUCACGGAACGAGUGUCGCUUCAACAAAAAUGAUGAUUCGUUAAAAAUAAUUGUCAGACUUUAGCUUUUGCAUCUCUUGCAAAAGCGAAGAAAAAUUCCUAUUUCUUUAAAAUUUAACUUAAUAAUUUCAUAUAAUUCGAAUAUUUUAAAGGAACUUGAAUUUAAAAAAAAAUAUUUUCAAGCUGAAUUGUCUCCAUUUGUCUGAUCAUGACAGGAAGCACACGACGGAUUUAACCAACCGAGAGGAGAUGCUUACUCUUUUAUGACAUAUGAUCCCACCUCAGAUGUUUUUACUUUUCCAACUUUGUUCCGCUUGCAAGUCGUAUUGUUCCACUGGAUUCUUGAGCUUUAUACCUGUUCUAUAUAUUCAUAUUUUAUGCAACUGUUAUAAAUGGUCCCUUUGGUGUGGUUGACAAGUGCAUAAUUGAAAUGAUACACAUCUUUUAUAUCUAGAUAUCCCUUCCAGACUCAAUUGCUUUUCAAAAAUGGAUGAGUCCGAAAAUACCAAAACGAA